AUGGAAGCAAAUACUUUGAACCUGUACGAUGAUGACUAUUUGAGUGUUGAAGACAUGAUGGCUGAGAAUGAAGAUCAUCAGGAGAUUCAGGAUGCACAAGGUGAUUAUGUAACCAGUCCUGCUAAGACCAGAGGUAACAAACGUAGACACUCGACAUGUUGGAAGAAUUUUAGUAUUGUAGGAGAUAGGUUGCCGGAUGGAACUCAUAAUGUUAAGUGCAAUCAUUGCAAUCAACCCUACAACUUAGAUCUAAGUAGGAAUGGAACUAAUACUAUGCUGCGACAUUCGAAACGGUGUUCGAAGACUCCUGGAUGUACACCUGGAAGUAAUAAGAAGCUGGAUAUGAUUUCCUUCCGUGAAAUGAUGACGAUUGCAAUAGUUGAGCAUAAUCUGUCGUGCCAGUUUGUUGAGUAUAGAAGGAAGGAGAAAGCCAAUCUUAGGAAGGUGUUGAGUGAAGUUCCUGGUAGGAUCAGCUUCACUACUGAUCUUUGGAGAGCAAUCACGGUAGAGGGUUACUUGUGUCUGACAGCUCACUAUCUUGAUGCAAACGGGAAGCUACACGCGAAGAUAGUGGAGUUUUGUGCGUUUCCUCCACCUCACACUAGUGCAAGCAUUGCUAUGAAGUUAAUGGAGAUACUGAAAGAAUGGGGCUUAGAAAAGAAGGCGUUUACAGUAACGGUGGACAACGCUACCGCCAAUGAUAACAUGCAAGUGUUUCUAAAGAGACAGCUUCGCAAAAAUCUGGCGUUGAUUGGUGAAGCUUUAGAGAAGAUUAGGGACAGUGUGAAGUUUGUAAAAAGUUCAGAGACUAUGGAAAAGAUGUUUGAAACUUGUGUGGAAACUGUUGGGAUUCAGAAUCAGAAUAAGGCUGGUCUUAUUUUGGAUGUGUCAACGAGGUGGAACUCGACCUUCAACAUGUUGUCUAGAGCUAUUGAGUUUAAGGAUGCAUUGCGCAAUCUCUCUGAAGUUGAGCCAAGCUACAAGUGUAAUCCUUCAGAUUUGGAAUGGUCAAGAGGAGCACUCAUCAAAGAGUUUUUGUUUCCAUUUGCUAAGAUGACAAAACUGGUUUCAGGCUCCAAAUACCCUACAGCGAACCUCUACUUCAUGCAGGUGUGGAAAAUAGAGAGUUGGCUGAGACAUCAUGCGACUUCAGAAGAUGAUACAAUAUGUGAGAUAGUGAAGAUCAUGAGGGUAAAAUUCGAUAAAUACUGGGAUGACUACAGUGAUAUAUUAGCAAUUGUUGCGGUCUUGGAUCCGAGGUUGAAGUUCAAGUGCUUAGAAUAUUGCUAUACCACUUUAAACCCAUCUACAAGCAAAGCUAAAAUGGAUCACAUCCGUAAGAAGAUGGAAAAGCUGUUUGGAGUGUAUAAGAAGAAUACUAAGGCCACUACUACAACCGCUUCAGCAACAACAAUGGAGAACAGUCUACCAGUCGGAUAUGGUGGGUUUUAUGCAUUCAUUACUCAAAAUGCAGGAGAAGGGAAAUCAGCUUUAGAUGUCUACUUGGCUGAACCGCCCAUGGAUUACUCUGCCUUUUCGAAGCUAGAUGACUUAAAAUACUGGAAAAACAAUAAAUCCCGGUUUAAGUAG